AUGUGUUUAGAACUAUCCAGACCGGACAGUGAUGGGCUUGAGUCUCAGUCUGGCCUGAACACCUUGCCCCAAAGAGUCCUACGGAAGGAGCCUGCCAUGACACCUGCACAGGCCCUCAUGAACCGGUCCAACAGCCAGUCCACAGCUGUCCCUGGCCAUAAGUUGACUGAGAACAAGGGCGCCACUGCCUUGCAAGGACCCCAGAGCAGGCAGCCUUUCACCAUUGACAACUUUGAGAUUGGGCGUCCUCUGGGCAAAGGCAAAUUUGGAAAUGUGUACUUGGCUCGAGAGAAGAAAAGCCGUUUCAUCGUGGCGCUAAAGAUCCUCUUCAAGUCUCAGAUUGAAAAGGAGGGGGUGGAGCACCAGCUCCGCCGAGAGAUCGAAAUCCAGGCGCACCUGAAACAUCCCAACAUUCUUCAGCUGUACAACUACUUCUAUGACCAGCAGAGGAUCUACUUGAUACUUGAAUACGCCCCCCGCGGAGAGCUCUACAAGGAACUACAGAAGAGCGGAACCUUCGAUGAGCAGCGGACUGCCACGAUCAUGGAGGAACUGUCAGACGCGCUGAUGUACUGCCACAAGAAGAAGGUGAUUCACAGAGACAUAAAGCCCGAGAACCUGCUGUUAGGUCUACAGGGAGAGCUGAAGAUUGCGGACUUUGGCUGGUCUGUGCAUGCCCCAUCCCUGAGGAGGAAGACCAUGUGCGGCACCCUGGACUAUCUGCCCCCAGAGAUGAUUGAGGGGCGGAUGCAUAAUGAGAUGGUGGAUCUGUGGUGCAUUGGAGUGCUCUGCUAUGAACUGAUGGUGGGGAACCCACCCUUUGAGAGUCCUAGCCACAGUGAGACAUAUCGUCGGAUUGUCAAGGUAGACCUGAAGUUCCCCUCUUCUAUGCCUUUGGGGGCCAAGGACCUCAUCUCCAAGCUGCUCAAACAUAAUCCCUCACAACGACUGCCUCUGGAGCAGGUCUCGGCUCACCCUUGGGUCCGGGCCAACUCACGGAGGGUUCUGCCUCCCUCUGCCCUUUAGCCUGCUUCUUGAUUUUUGUUCCUGUCAUUUCUCAGUUUUCUUUGUAUGUCUGUGUAUGUGUCGUGAGAAGGGGAUAGUGAUUGGAAACUAUCCCUAACCCCAGUUCUAGGGAAUCUUAUUCCUCGGGGAUCUUAUUCUCUACAGGCAAAAUUGGGCAUACAUGUCGUACACAUAUAUGCAAGCCAAACAUAUAAAGUUAAAAAACAAACAGUGCUAGAGAGAUGGCUUGGCAGUUAAAAGCACUGGCUACUCUUCCCAAGAACCAGGAGUUCAAUUUGAGCACUACAAUGGUGCUCACAACCACUGUCUGUAACACCUAGUCCUGGGGUAUCGAGGCCUUCAAGCCUCUGCAGGCAGUAGGCAUGGAUGUGGUAUCAUCUAUGCAGGCAAAACACCCAUGCACAGAAUUUUAAACCCUCUAGUCUGACUGAAAGAAUUUGUCAAAUGUUGAACAUUAUUUUAAAAAUAAUAUAAGCCAAAAAUGCAUGUAAUACAAUUUCUCUGAAACAUGGUGUAGCCUAGUCUGUUUUAAAUUCAGGAAAAUUAUGAAGAAUAAAGCAUAUUUUAUAAUAAAGUCUUAAA